CAAAACAGGAAGUAUUCGAGGCAGGGCAGUAACGUUGUUGGUGUAUCAGAGAGGCAGGGAAAAUCAGUGUCAGAGACACGGCUCUCCCUCUGUCAGCGCACAUGGACGACGCCCAGGAACAACACAUCCUCAUUGGGAACAAAUAAAGCCGACGGGCGACGCUUUGUUCCCUCGGUUCCUCUCGGUCGACCGUUCACCUAUGAUGGAACGGGCGAUGGAGCAGCUCAACGUACAGCUCAGCCGGCUGACUCGCUCCCUCCGCCGGGCCAGGACCGUGGAACUCCCGGAAGACAAUGAGACUGCAGUGUACACACUUAUGCCGAUGGUCAUGGCUGACCAGCACAGGUCAGUGUCAGAGUUGCUGCUCAACUCCAAAUUUGAUGUUAACUACGCCUUUGGACGUGUGAAGAGAAGUUUGCUACACAUUGCUGCCAACUGUGGGUCAGUGGAGUGUCUGGUUCUGCUGCUGAAGAGAGGAGCCAACCCAAACUACCAGGACAUCUCAGGCUGCACCCCACUGCACCUCGCUGCUAGGAACGGACAGAAGAAGUGUAUGGGCAAACUAUUGGAAUAUAACGCUGAUGUCAACAUCUGCAACAAUGAGGGACUGACUGCUAUCCACUGGCUGGCAGUGAACGGGCGGACGGAGCUCCUCCAUGAUCUGGUCCAGCAUGUGUCCAAUGUGGAUGUGGAGGAUGCCAUGGGGCAAACAGCUUUACAUGUAGCCUGUCAGAAUGGACACAAAACUACGGUGCUGUGUCUUCUGGACAGUGGAGCUGACAUCAACCGGCCAAACGUCUCUGGAGCCACACCUCUUUACUUUGCCUGCAGCCACGGCCAAAGAGACACCGCACAGAUUCUGCUCUCUCGAGGUGCCAAAUACCUUGCUGACAAGAAUGGAAUCACUCCUCUGGAUCUCUGUGUGCAGGGAGGAUACGGGGAGACCUGUGAGAUCCUCAUCCAGCACCACGGCAGGCUCUUCCAGACCCUCAUCCAGAUGACACAGAAUGAUGAUAUCAAAGAGAAUAUGCUCAGGCAGGUUUUGGAGCAUGUCUCUCAGCAGAGUGACAGUCAUUAUCAGAGGAUUUUGACCAGUCUUGCUGAAGUUGCAACCACCAAUGGACACAAGCUGCUCAGCCUGUCCAGCAGUUAUGAGGCUCAGAUGAAGAGCCUGCUGAGAAUCGUUCGUAUUUUCUGCCAUGUGUUCCGUCUGGGGCCUUCAUCACCCAACAACGGCAACGACAUGGGCUACAACGGCAACAAGACGCCUCGCAGCCAGGUCUUUAAGCCAUUGGAGCUGCUGUGGCACUCCCUGGAUGAGUGGCUGGUGCUGAUCUCCACAGAGUUGGACAGGAACAGGAAGAACCCCUCUUCCUCCUCCUCCAGCAGCGAGAUAGCCUCUCUGCUUCUCAAACAGCGGGAAGUCGACCACUCCACCUCCACAACGAAGCUCCCCUCCUCGUUGGACCGUCAGAUCGUCAUGGAAACAGAAGCGUAUGCCGACGGGGAGGACGUCAUUUCCAUGACAGCCAAUCGGCUCAGCGCUGUGAUCCAGGCCUUCUACAUGUGCUGCUCCUGUCAGAUGCCACAAGGAAUGACGUCCCCUCGCUUCAUUGAGUUUGUCUGCAGGCAUGACGAGGUGCUGAAGUGUUUUGUAACCAGGAAUCCAAAGAUCAUCUUUAACCACUUCCACUUCCUGCUGGAGUGUCCAGAGCUGAUGUCGCGCUUCAUGCAUAUUAUUAAGGGCCAGCCCUUCAAGGAUCGCUGUGAGUGGUUCUAUGAGCAUCUGCUGGCCGGUCAGCCAGACUCAGACAUGGUUCAUCGUCCGGUCAAUGAAAAUGACAUUCUGCUCAUCCACCGAGACUCCAUAUUUAGGAGUAGCUGUGAGAUGGUUUCCAAGUCCACCAACGAGAAACUCAAACAAGGCAUUGCUGUCCGCUUCCACGGAGAGGAGGGGAUGGGUCAAGGUGUUGUUCGGGAGUGGUUUGACAUCCUGUCCAACGAGAUCAUCAACCCAGACUACGCUCUGUUCACUCAGUCAGCUGAUGGUACUACUUUCCAGCCCAACAGUAACUCCUCAGUGAACCCAGACCAUCUAAACUACUUCCGGUUCGCAGGUCAGAUCCUGGGUCUGGCUCUGUACCACCGACAGCUGGUGAACAUCUACUUCACCCGCUCCUUCUACAAACACAUACUGGGUAUUCCAGUAAACUACCAGGAUGUGUCAUCCAUCGAUCCAGAGUACGCUAAGAACCUGCAGUGGAUCCUGGAUAACGACAUCAGUGAUCUGGGCCUGGAGCUCACCUUCUCUGUGGAGACGGAUGUGUUCGGGGCCAUGGAGGAAGUUCCACUCAAACCAGGAGGCACCAGUAUUCUAGUCACCCAGGACAACAAGGCGGAGUAUGUCCAGCUGGUGACAGAGCUGAGGAUGACGCGAGCGAUCCAGCCUCAGAUAAACGCCUUCCUGCAAGGAUUCCAUACCUUCAUCCCCCCCUCACUCAUUCAGCUUUUUGACGAAUAUGAAUUGGAGCUCCUGCUGUCAGGGAUGCCAGAGAUCGAUGUGCAGGAUUGGUGCAGGAACACUGAGUACACCAGCGGCUACGACCCUCAGGAGCCAGUCAUCCAGUGGUUCUGGGAGGUGGUGAGGAGUCUGACCCAGGAGGAGCGGGUCCUGCUGCUUCAGUUUGUCACUGGAAGUUCCAGGGUUCCUCAUGGUGGCUUCGCCUACCUGAUGGGUGGCAGUGGUUUACAGAAGUUCACCAUUGCUGCAGUGCCAUACACCUCCAACCUACUGCCUACCUCCAGUACCUGUAUCAACAUGCUGAAACUCCCAGAAUACCCAAGCCAGGAGGUCCUGAGAGACAGACUGCUGGUAGCGCUGCAUUGUGGGAGCUACGGGUACACCAUGGCAUAAACAUCAUAUCAUUUCCUGCUGCUGGGAGGGCCUCCAGACUCAUGCAACAGUCCCUCCUCCACAGAUACUCACUCUGUGCUUUUGCUGUACAAAUAAAGGGAAAUCCAGAUUAUUAUUAAGAAGCUGCUGGAGAGGCACCACAGACUGAACAGAGGGAAACUCUGCCUCCAACAACUCAUGCCAGUAAUUUCUUUUUUUUUCUUUUUUUUUUUUUUGACUGACGCUGGUAUCUGGUGAUUUAUGCAAAUUUAAAAUCUUUAAAUUUGAUUAUUUUCAUACUUACAUUUAUUUCAUAAAAAAACAACAUUUAUACCAUAAAUCCCCUACUUAAAACACAGGAUUAUAGUCACAAUAAUCUAUAUUAAUGCAAGUUUACUGUAUGUCACAUAUCAACUAUGUUUAAGGAGCUUCCAUAUGGAAACUAUGUAGAACUGAUCAGUUCAAACUGAUCGAUCAAACUGCAUCAUAUCACAGCUUCACAGUGUCAGCCACUAUCAGGCCAGCAUAACAGCAAACUUAUAAAAACAAAUAAAUUAUAUAAUAUAAAACAGUCAGAUUCAGAUUUUUCCUAAACUUAAGAUUUACGUCUUUUAUUCGCUAUUUCAAUCUUUCUUUGCAUCUAUCCCCCAGCAGAAGUUUUCCUUCAUUUGGGCCAGUGUCCAUCAAAACCUCUCACCAUGAUGGCUGGGUAUCAACAUACCAGUGCUGAUAUCAUACCUGAGUUUUUGAUAGUUAACUGCGCUGUGAAGAAACCAAAAACAUUUAUGUUAAUUAAAUUAAGCCAAAGGCACUAAUGUUUAUGGCUAAAAGUAUGUGGACACCUGAACAUCCUCGUAUAAUAACUGAACAUGUGAUUCCAAAACCAUGGACAUGAAUCUGGUACUGUAACAGCCUCAGUCAUAUUAAAACAGGAAAGGGAUAAACCUAAACUGUUGGCACAAAGUUGGAAGAAUUGUUGUCUAAAAUGUCUUUGUAUGCUGGGACAUUUACAUUUCACUCCGCUAGAACUAUGAGGCCUGGUGUUCCCAUAUAUCUUUGUUCAAAUAGUGUACAUAAACAGAAUACAAACGCUGCAACUAAUAAUUAUUCUCAUUCUCAUUAAUGAUUUUUAAAAAAAUAAUCAGUAAAUAGUUAAGUCUAUAAAAUACCCAUCACAUGUUCAAGCUUGUUUUGUCCAACUGACUGUCCAAAAAUCUAAUUAAGAAUCAUAAUAUAGAGAAAAGCAGAAAAUCUUCACAUUGGAGAAGCUGGAACCAGAGAAUUAUUAAUAGACUUAUUGACACUACACAGUAUAGAAUUAAAUGCAUUUCAUUUCACAUCAGGAAAUAUUUAAUCCAAGAAUAACAAGACUAAAAAUGUGACCAAACAUUUAGAGUCAACAUGAAGUACUUGACAAUUUCAAGUUCUACAGCAGACUGGAGGCGUCACACCAGUCAAACAAUACCAGUCUGCCCAGCUGUGCUCAAAGAUGUAUCAGUGUGUGUGUCAAAGUUAAACUCAAAUAUGAAUUUUCUUCACUUUUUGUCAGCAAAUAUAUAUACUGUAAUCUUUCUGCAGCUUUUGCGCAAAUUGUUUCCAUUUUUGGAACACUUCCAACCUGUGAGCGGCUGUUUCUCAUGAUAUCGAUUGAGUGACAACAAGUCCUCUUAGCAUUAGUAGUCACCCAUUAGCGAUUUAUGCUGUCUGUCCCUUUACAACAUUCAACACUUGGAAGGACCCAUCAUGCUGUUAAGUUUAUAUUGGAAAGUAGAAGCUAGUUUACUAAUGUAUAGUGUCAUAUACCACUGUAAUGUUUGCAUUGAUUUCCACGAGACAGCACUUUUUGGCACUUUGUGGUCAUGUUCUUUCAGUUCUUUCCUGCUGUGUGUCUCUAGCAUUAGUUACUGUAGACUGUAUAUACCUAUAUGUAUAUGUGUAUAUAUGUGUGUGUGUGUGUAUAUAUAUAUAUAUAUACAUACAUA